AAGCGGAGCUUGAAUCGUUAAGCAUUGUUUGAAGUUGAGCGUCGCGCGCGGGAAAAAAGAGAGCGAAGGCAGAAGGAGGAGGAGAAGCAGCAGCAGCCACGGUCGCCACUCAACCGCCGAGCGGAAGAAAGACGCCGCGGUCGAUCGGCGGGGCGCGACUGCAGCAACAGCAGCAAGCCACCGUCGGACGGGCGGCCCCGGAGACUUUGCUCUCGCUUGGUUCUUUGCGGACCACCGCCUGUCUCCCUUUUGCUGCUUCUUAGUGCCGGCGAGGAUCUCCGGGGCAAACUGGGACCCCUCCCCAGCCCGCCUCUCCCCCGAUGGAGAACUUCCAGAAAGUGGAGAAGAUCGGGGAAGGCACUUACGGCGUGGUCUACAAAGCCAAGAACAAAGUCACUGGCGAGGUGGUCGCGCUGAAAAAAAUCCGCUUGGACACGGAGACGGAAGGAGUUCCCAGUACUGCAAUCAGAGAGAUUUCACUCUUAAAGGAAUUGAACCAUCCCAACAUAGUCAAAUUGUUGGAUGUGAUCCACACUGAGAACAAACUCUAUUUGGUUUUUGAGUUCUUGCAUCAAGAUCUAAAGAAAUUCAUGGAUUCUUCUACUUCGAUCAGUGGUGUAGAGUUACCUCUUAUCAAGAGCUACCUGUUCCAGCUGCUGCAGGGCCUUGCCUUUUGCCAUUCCCAUCGUGUCCUCCACCGAGAUCUGAAACCACAGAACCUCCUCAUCAAUGCAGAAGGAGCAAUAAAACUUGCUGACUUUGGGCUUGCACGUGCAUUUGGCGUGCCAGUGAGAACCUACACGCAUGAGGUGGUGACCCUUUGGUAUCGAGCUCCAGAAAUUCUCCUUGGCUGCAAAUACUACUCAACAGCAGUGGACAUAUGGAGCCUUGGAUGCAUCUUUGCAGAGAUGUUAACCCGCAGAGCUCUCUUCCCUGGGGAUUCUGAAAUUGACCAGCUAUUUCGCAUCUUCCGUACACUGGGCACCCCGGAUGAGACUGUGUGGCCAGGAGUCACCGCUAUGCCUGAUUAUAAGUCCAGUUUUCCCAAAUGGGCCCGGCAGGACUUUAGCAAAGUAGUGCCACCGUUGGAUGAAGAAGGCAGAAAACUUCUAGCACUAAUGCUGCAUUAUGAUCCCAACAAGAGAAUUUCGGCCAAGACUGCUCUCAAUCACCCCUUCUUUCGAGAUGUCACAAAAGCUUUGCCACACCUCCGCUUGUGAAAUAGAACUGGAGCCAACAGAGUAACUGCAGUGCAGGCUCUGCAACAUGCCUUUUCCUCGGGCAGCCCUGGUUGCUUGCACUUAACUUUUCAAUUUAACCCUGGAGAGAACACUGGUGAUCCAGUUGGGGCACAGCCUAUACCUUUAGGAUUUUAUUCCUGAACUCACCGUUUAAAGCACUAAGCUGAGCUUGAGGAUUCGCUGGUUCCAAGCUGCCUUGUGAAGAGAGAAGGGUCUCCAAAGCUAUCAGCUCCAAGGAUUCACCUUGCUUGAGAAAACACCCUUUUCAUUCUUCACGUGUUUUAUCUCCCCCAUGAGUUCCAUGCUUCCUUCUUGGUGGCUUCUUCAAACUUAGGCAUUCUGUAUUUGUUUAUUCUCCAGCUCUUGACAUCUUGGCACAAGUACGGUGUAGAUGCUUCUCUUUUAUGAGAGGGCUAAGGGACUUUGGCAACAUAUUUCGUGGCAUUUUUCAUCUGUGAUGUUGGUCAGUUUAACCCACUUGAUAAAAUAAUCCUGGAGGGAGGGGAUUGCUGAAGUAUGCCUUGAUAAUUAUUCAAAUGCUGACUGCAUCACUAAGCUCUUUUUGACAUCUGAUAUGCAGAGUGCUUUUUUUAAAGAAAAAAAACUUCAAAACAAUUGCUCUUUCAGCGGGGAGAUGGUCAAAUCUUUAUUCACCCAGUAUUGUGUUAUAUUAUAUACCUGUUUCCUUAUUCUGGGUCAGUUAGCUGAUGGUCUUUCUGAGUUUGCAGCCAAUUAAUGCCUUAUGUUUGGCAAUUAAUAUUGUCUUCCUAUCACAGUCGGGAAAAUUUCAAAUGUCAGUUCUGAUGGGUUGGCCUGCCUUUAAGUAACGUAUCUUGCAAAUAUAGAUGCUUAAAUUAUAUGUGAGCUUUGAAAUGCAUAUCUAAUUAUUGUCUCUCCUAUCUUCAGCCAUACAUCUUGAGGCAAAUAUAAUCUUAAACUCAGCUAUAGAAUUCAUAUUAGCAAUCUUUUCUGGCUUGGUCUGGGGAGCCGGAAAUAUCAAUGUCUAUAUCUUUGUAUCACCCUGUUUUAGAGGGGAUAGGAUUGAUCUAGUUACACCAGUUGAAUUUCAUCUAAGUUCUGAUUUUAAAAAAAAAUAGUCUGAACAAUAGCUAAACUAAAAAUCAUGAUCGGUUUCUGGCCAAUGCCAUGUGGAGGUGAAGUAUUGUCAUAAAUGUUUCAUAUUGAGAAUUUUUUAAAACCACAUAGAUUUGCUAAGAACACUUUCCUAUGGAAUUCAGGUGAUGUGAAGUACCUAAAACGUGUCUCUAGCAUGCAGCAAUAACGUAAAUCUGAUUUUGAAAUAACUCCAAAUUUCACACUUACUCGAUUAGUUGUGUGAUGCUUCUUAAAUAUGAGGCUUCGGUAAAGCCAUCUGGUGUUUGUUUUCCUGAAAUGCUUUUUUUUUUUUAAUCAAAAGCAUAUAUGUUAGGAUAAUGCUCAUUUAUUGUAGAAAUGAAACAUGUAUUUUAAGAUGGAGAGGACUGCACUUUCCUCAAGGGGGGAGGGGGAAGUACUCAUUUAUCCUGUCAUAAUUCUUACUAUCUUCACUCAUAGAUGAAAAAUCCAUUGGUUCAGAUAUGGAUGGAAACUUCGCUAAGAAAAUUGGUUAUUUCAGGACCUCUUGCAUUAAAAUGGACAUUCUUACAUGGCUCUGCUUACUGUAAUAAUACAGAAAUAUCAAGAUGUUAUUCAUGUCACUAUUCAAAAGCAAUAUUUGGAACUUUCCCUUCAUUGUUGGACUGGAAAUAUAUAAAUAUAUAUUUAUACCGCUAUUAGUUUUAAAAAAGAUUUCUGAAUUUGUUAGUCUAAGCACCUUGACAUUUUUGUAAUAUAAUCUUUUAAAGAAAAUCAUUUUGUUUUCUUAUCUUUGUAAGACAAAUGUUACUAAAUACAGUAUUGUGAAAUCAGUUUCUAAAUCAUUAAAUACUAGCAAUUUUAA